UGUGGGAAUAGCACAUAAUCUAUUGAGAGAUGGAAGGAGAGAGUGUGGUACACAACUGCAGGUUUGCAUCUGGGGAUUGUGAUUGCCCAAGGCCAUUUCAGCUGUUCCCAACUGAGCCAGCCAGGAGAGCAGAAUGGACAAAGUUAGUGAACAGAUAGCAGCUGGGCUCUGGCUAUGUAAAGAACUGAACACCCAAAAAGAAUUCUCGUGUCUGCAGUGUACACUUCACUGAUGGGAUGCCCAAAGAACUGCACCCAAACACAACACUUCAACUUGGCAAUGAGCUAAAGCAGUGAACCAGCUAAGAUGUCAUGUGUCCCUGAUCAAGAGUCAUGUCUUUGAAGUUUAUCCAGAGACUUCUACUGCCCAGACAGUUCGGGAUACGUCAUGCUUCCAUUGUAUCCACCUCCUCCGUCAGGCUUCUGGGUGAUGGCAGCAAAGAUUGGCGCUCAUGUUUGGCUUGCCUGUGUACCUCAGCUGGCUGCUGCAUCAGAAGACUGAGCUGUCGGAAACUCCAGAACCAGUUUGGGAGAAUGGGCCUGACCACUCUUGUCAGAGAGCCAUUCUCUGUUACUGCCAGUUCUGUAGGUCUCCACAGAGAUUCCAUCCCAAGGUUUCGUCUGACCCACAUGUAUCAACCUAUAGAUGUCGAGGAGCAGACUUUCCAGCAGCGUCUAGGAAGCUGCUACUCCUCCCAGCAAGUCAUCAAAGUACUGUCUUCACUGGAGGUCAUGUCUGACUCCAUGGCAGCAGCAGUACUUCACCGCGUGGCCGACCUGGAGCAGGAGGCCGCCUCUCUAAAGGACCCUACAGUUCUGGAGCAUGACACCCUCAGGGCGCUGUGCUUCCAGCUGGAGCAGGACUCUGGGCAACUGACGGAUGCAGCACUUGUGUCAAUUCUGCUGGCCUGUACACGCCUCUGUACGGAUUCUGGCACCAAAUUGAUGAUGCGGCUGAGGUCAGAGAGUCAGGAGAGGCUGGACGGGGGUCAGAUGACUGUAGGGCAUCUGUGUGUGUUGGGUCAGGCCUUGCUGGCCGUUAAGGGUCCUGGUUGUGUGAUGUUCGGGCAGGUGAUGGAGCAAAUUCAGAAGCAGGAACCCGCCCAGUGGACCAUAGCAGACCUCACUGCUCUUUAUAGACUUGUGCAAAGUGGUGUGGGUGAAGAGAGACGAUACUGGGACCUUCUGAAUGCCAUGCACGCCCAUGCCAUGUCUGUUACCAACCAAAUGGAUGCUCCUGCUGUCAGCGGGUUGCUUGAUGCUCUUGUGACCUUGAAUCAGAAUCAAGCAAUACCUCUGAUCAUCAGUUUGUGUAAGCAGGCCGUACGACACGUGCCUUACUUCACUCAUGAGGAGUUCACAAAUGUACUGGGGGCAUUAAUGCACUUUGGUCACAGUGAUCAGUACUUUGUCAAGGCAUUAGAGAUGUACUUCCCCAAAGUGGUCUUCACCUCUCACCCAGAGACCAUUACCAAGGUGAUGCAGUUCUUUGGCUGGAGGAAUGUCCUGUCCCGUCCAGUGUUUGACACGGUUGCCGAGUGCUUCGUAUAUCGGGCAGAUGACUACAGCUUGAGCCAGGUUGCUGGGCAGAUCAUAGCUUUUGGGAAGUUGGGCUACCUUCCACCGAACUCCAAGGCGGUCUUCAGGAAACUUGAAACCAUCCUACAAACCCACUUUUCACACUUAAAACCUCGAACCCUGAUCAGCCUGCUACACUCCUGCAUCCUUGUGGAGAGGUUUCCUGUUAAUUUUGUCCCCAGUGUUUUCAGCAGUUACUUCCUGCAGCAGCUUGAAGAAGAAGAAACAGCGAUUGAUUCAGUCAUUUUGGCUCAACUGACCCAACUCUACCUGACGAUGAAGUUAGAAUGUCCUUUCUAUAAGGGUCGCAGGCUUCUUCCCAGAUAUCAGGUGAAGUCCUUCCUCACCUCUGGAGUCUCUCUUGAGACACCAGUGGACAUGCACCUUUACCACUCUGUGACAAAUGGAUUGGUGAAUUUGCUUGGGACUCGUUCAUACUUUGCAUCAAACGUGUUGACGCAUUACUGCUACACACUAGAUGUGGAGAUAAAACUUGAUGAAGGUCUAUAUGUGCUGCCUGCCCAUGAAAAUGAUGAGGUCCACAAGAGGAUAGCUCUUUGUAUUGAUGGGCAGAAGAGGUUCACUACAGGUACGAGGCAGCUACUCGGGGCAGAGGCCACAAAACAGCGACACCUGAGGCUUCUGGGAUAUGAAGUUGUUCAGAUUCCCUACUAUGAGUUUGAAACAUUGCAGAACGAUAAGAGUGUCAUGGAUUAUCUACACAAGAAAAUCUUCCCUCACUCCUUCAGACUGAGCUGGUGAUGAUAAAAAUCUAAGACGUCUUAACCACAACGAUUAUUUGUUGUAUUUUGGAGAGAAUACACUUCAUAUGUUUUAACAAUAAAGUAGCUUUUCUAUGAAAUCUCAA